ACAUGGAUGGGAAUAUCAUUAUUAAACAAAGGGAAGGUGCAAUUUCGGCUCAUCCAUUUGCACAAUUGGCAUUCUCUGUUGCAUCAUCUGCAAACAAUGUUAUUUUAGAGGAAAAUGAAAUCUUAAAGAAGAAUAUUCUCGAAGAUAACAAAGAUAAUAGUCAAUCAGACGGGGAAAUUGCUUCUGAACAAGAAAAAACUAGCACUUUAUCAUUCCCAUCAUCGCCAUCAUCAUAA